UGGAGGCAUUCCUGCUAAAAUUAUUUACGCUAUUUCGAUAAAUGAAGCAAUAUCCGAAUUUUAAAAUAGUCAACAUUCUUAUCAUCAAUAUUCUCAUGUCCUUAACCGAUGUAUCACUAAUUCUUGCUCAAUCCAAUGCACCGUGCUAUUUGCCAUCAAAUGUCACGGAGUGCGCAUGCGACAACGCCGACGCAAAAUCGGGAUUUUCUUACGUAAACGAUUCUAAUUCUGACCCGAUCGCGAUAUUGUGUCAAUAUAAUUCGCUCUUUAAAACGACUAAAUCGAUUCGUAAGACCAAAAUUUUGGAUAGAACUCUCACCCAUUUAACCAUGCGUUAUAAUAAUAUUGGUAUGUUGCAAGGUGAUCCUUUUUUUGGUUUCACAAAUCUCGAAUAUCUCGCUAUAAAUAAUGGAAAACUUUGGAACAUAUCCGGAGAUGCAUUUAUGUCACUAGCACCAAAGUUACGAAUCUUGGAUCUCCAAAUUAAUAAUUUGAAAACAAUUCCUACCUCUUCGCUAGCACCGCUCACUCAUUUACGUGUUCUGGAUUUAUCCUACAAUUUAUUGAGUCAUAUAUCCGGUCGAGCUCUUUGGGGACUCUCAAACCUGAGAGCUUUGCAUUUAGAAGCCAAUGAAAUAGCUAAAAUUGAUAAGGAUGCCUUUGUCGGACUAGAAGAAACGCUACAAGAGCUCGAACUACAAAAUAAUCAAAUAAAGAUCAUUCCCAAGGACGCGUUCAAUUAUUUGAGAGCUCUGAAGAAAUUAGAUUUGGCCAGGAAUUUGAUAGAACUUCUGACUCCACAAAAGGCAUUUUCUUCGCUUAGAUCUUUGCAAACAUUGAACCUCGGCCAUAAUCAUAUAAAGUUGAUAGACGGGGAGGCCUUCGUGGGCCUGAAUAAUCUGAGAGUUUUAUUUCUGCACGACAAUCAUAUCGAUAAUAUAGUUCCGACAAAUUUUCAGCACCUUUCGUCCGUCGAAUACCUAGUGUUGAGCGAAAACAGGAUCCGAUUUCUGACGCCAUUUUGCUUCAAGGAGAUGCGUAUAUUGAGGACUCUAAACCUGGAGAAUAACAAAAUAUCCACCGUGGCGGAUAACGCUUUCAAAGGUCUCGAAGCGUCGUUAUCUUACCUCCACUUAAAAGGAAAUUUGUUGGACAAAGUACCAAAGGAUUCGCUUAAAAAUCUUAAGAAUUUAUGGGUUCUUAAUCUAGCCGACAACGUUAUCAAGGAAUCUAAAAGCGACGAUUUCGGGGAUAACCUGAAAAACGUUUUAGGUUCCCUUCAUAUGAGCGGAAAUUUGUUAAAUAGCGUCCCCACCAAAGCUCUAUCCAGUUUUAAAACACUGUGGUAUUUGGAUUUAUCCCGCAACGAAAUUUCUUACCUAGCCAACAAAUGCUUUCCCAGUAUCCCGUUACUAGAAAUUCUAAAUUUAGCCGACAACAAAAUCAACACGAUUCACCGAUUGGCAUUCGAUAAUUUAAACUCGUCCCCACUUAAGAGGGUGAUACUCGCCGGUAAUUCCCUGACUUCGUUCCCACCCUCUGACAUAUUUUUCAAUAUGAGCUCGAUGAGGGCUUUAGACUUCGGCAAGAAUAAGAUAUCCCAGUUGACACCUCACAACUUCAGAGGACUCGACGAUGUCAUGUCACCGUCUCAGGUACGAUCCCUGGAUUUGUCACGAAAUCAAAUCGAAACGGUAUUUCCGGAAACGUUUAACGAUUUGCAGAAAUGCUGCGAAAGCCUUGAUUUAUCUUUCAAUCGAAUGAAGAUGCUCCGCGCUCACACAUUCAUUAACUCGUUGGGAAUAAAAGGAAUCAAUAUCAGUCACAAUCAUCUCAAGGGUCUAGAAGAUGAAACUUUCGUUAACAUGUUAGGAUUGCACACCCUAAAUCUAAGCAACAAUCAUAUUUCAGAGCUAAACUCGAAAAUGUUUAAAGGAAUACCGUAUCUCAAUACGUUAGACUUAAGUCGUAAUCACAUAACUCAUCUACAAUCUCUAGUUUUUAAAUAUGUCACAGAGAUUGAAUAUCUCGAUUUAAAAUACAACAAUCUAACAUUUGUAUCCGCUCAUGCCUUAGCUGGACUCCAUCGAAUAACAUCUUUAAGCUUAGCUAAUAACAAAUUAUUUACAUUGGAAUACGGGACCUUCAAUCGUAUUUCGUUUAAUUCUAUUCAAUAUUUAGAUUUUAUGAAUAACCCGUGGAUGUGCGAUUGUAAGAUUAGAUGGCUGAGAGAAUGGAUUCAGGAAUUGCAAUCGUACAAAGGUGAUUCUCAUGCAUUGAAUGACGAAGCUUCUAAUAAAUUGCAAAAAACGCUCUGCUACGCACCGCAUCACUUAAUGAAUACUUGUUUGAUGUGUAUACCAUCAGAGGCCUAUGUAUGCAUCGUAGAUGAUGAGUAUUCCGACAUUCUUUCCAAGUGGAUGCCGGGUCCCUUGCGCAAAAAAUUAAGCUCCUUUGGGACUUCCAAAGAUCAUUUUAGUUGGAUUCAAAGAGCAAGGAGGGAAAGGAAGUACAAAAGACUGAUCAUAUUAUUAACAACUUUAUUAGCACUCUCCGCUCUUGCAAUUUGUAUCCUGACAUCUUUUAUUCUAUGGUGGUGGAAGCAAAGACGUAGAAAUAACACCUCUGACUUUAAUCGCAAUGUAUCUAGCAACCCUGAUACGUACAAAACCACAGUAGGAACUGAAAAUGAACCGUUAAACCGAAAUCUGAAUGGUGCGAAUAAUAAUAAUACCCUAAUCAAUGAGAGUUUGAUUAAAGAUAGAGAUCCUCUAAGAAAUUUAGGCCGCGACGAAAAGGAUUUGAGAUUAUAUUCCAUCGAAAGGGACGUUAACAACGACGGCGUUUAUUAUUCCGAUUUCAUAGGGAGGAAGCAAAUGUUGGCCAAUCGCCAAUUGACUAACUCGGUAUCGAGUAACGAGUUUUUCAGACAUUUGGAAACUCAAAUCGAUAACUUUAAAUGUAAAAACACCGAAACCCCCGGAAAAAACCGACCGGGAGAUGAUAUCAUCUACCGAUGCUACCAUGAUGGCAAGGAUCUAGGACACAUUUGCCAUCCUGAAUCGCACAUAUACGAGAAUAAUAGCAUCGUUAUAUCUGCCGAAAAUCAUCUUGAUAAACCAUUGCUAAAUAAUCUUAGGCAUUCGUGCCACGUUUCCUCGGAUUUAAGAACAGAUAACGAUACCGAUAAUAAUAUUCGCAAAAAUUCCAAUAAUUUUAUAAACAACAAUGGCAAUUACUUGUACGACACGAUAAAAACGUUCGCCAAUAAAAAUGAAAUUGGGGGUAAAAAGACUAAAGAAAUCCUCAAAAAAUCGCUGAACUCUUGUUCCAUCUCUUCUUCCAAUCAUCACCAGUACUCCAAGAUUUUGAACGAAGAACCCGGUAGUGCAAAUAAUUUAGAAAAAUUUACUAAUAUUACAAAUACUCAAAGAAAAAAUGAUCAAUUAGAAUCUAAUCCCAAUCCUCACGGGAGAAGGGCGAAUCAUAAAUCCUACCAUACGCAAAUUCCCGUUAUUGGGCAGCCAUUUAAAAUUUUUGCGCAAUGUUCUAGUUCGGAAUAUAUGAAAUCGUCCGAUAAUUCUUUAACCACCAAAAACCUCGAAUUGACUCGUACUCAGAAGUUGGCUGACACGCUAUAUAACGCGUACGACGGAUGCGAGAAAUCAAAUUCUAUAUCCGUUUUUAUAAAUUCCUUUGAUAAUGACGACAUUUUGGAUAUUAAUUGCGAAUGGGAUAAAGGGGCCAUCAUUAAACAAACCAAGACCGAAAAAAUCGCAGUAUAGAAGAUUUUUUUGAAUAUAAUUUUAAAAUAUUCGUAUUUUUUUUAUAAAUAACUGUAAGAUUGGUUAUAAUAAAUGUAAAUGAUUUUAAAAUAUUAUACAUUUUUCUAAAUCUAAAUUUUUCAUUAAAAACAAAA